CGCUCCGGUCCCGGCUGGGCCGGCCCGGGCCAUGGAGCCGGCCGAGGUGGAGUUCCUGGCCGAGAAGGAGCUGGUGACGAUCGUGCCCAACUUCAGCCUCGACCGGAUUCACCUCAUCGGGGGAGAUCUGGGUCCCUUCAAUCCUGGCUUGCCAGUGGAAGUGCCUGUGUGGUUGGCCAUUAAUCUGAAGCAGAGGCAGAAGUGUCGGCUCAUUCCCCCAGAGUGGAUGGAUGUUGGGAAACUGGAGGAAAUCCGGGAUCAGGAGCGGAAGGAGGACACCUUCACCCCAAUGCCCAGCCCCUACUACAUGGAGCUCACCAAGCUGCUGCUGAACUAUGCCUCUGACAACAUCCCCAGGGCGGACGAGAUCCGGACGCUGGUGAAGGACACGUGGGACACGCGCAUGGCCAAGCUGCGCCUGUCCGCCGACAGCUUCGUGCGGCAGCAGGAGGCUCACGCCAAGCUGGAUAACUUAACCCUGAUGGAGAUCAACACCACUGGGACUUUCCUCACCCAGGCCUUGGAUCACAUGUACAAGCUCCGGACCAACCUCCAGCCUGGCGAGGGCUCCCACUCCCAGGACUUCUGACGGGGAGCUGGGAAGGAGCUGAGGAGCUGCUUCACCUGGGCAGCCCCCACCUCCCUGCAGGGACUGCCAGCCCUCAAACCUCCCCCCAGGGCUGGGUGGGAAUUGCUCCAGAGCUGCUGCAGCAUCCCCAGAGCCUGGUGCAGGGGCUUCUUGCCCUCCCUCCCCCAGGGGUUUUUACUCUCCAUCCUGGGGUUGUCCCCACCCCCUUUUGGGGCACUUUUACGCCCUCCCUACCUUUUUGUCAUCCCCCAAAACACAACUUUGUUCAGGGCCUGGCCCUGUCCAUGUCCCUUUCCCUAUUUACAGCUCUGGGAUGUGGCACUGAGGGUGACGCAGGGCACAGGGUGAGCUUGGGGACAUCAGCUCUUUGUCACUCUGUCCUGUCUAUCUUGGAGUCACCGUGUCCUGUCCUUGUCCCAGUCCAGGCGCCUCGCAGUUUGGUGUCACCACAUCCCCUUACCUGUGGUACAACUCGUGUGACCCCAGCUCUGUCACCACAUCCUGCCCAUUAAACACUCCUUGUGUCCCCUGGCAUGGUGGCACCAUGUCCCCACAGGGCACCAACAGAGCAUUGUCCAAGUGUCCCCACUGCAGUGUCCCUGCAGGGCAUGAAGAUCCCAGUGCCACUGGCCCUGUGUGCCUCAGAGCACGAGAAGAGGACAGUGGCACUGUCCCCAUGUCCCCUCUGGGCACAGAGAGAAGGUGGUGCCACUGUCCCUGUGUCCCCUUAGGGUGGUGCCACUGUCCCCAUGUCUCCUUGAAGUGGUGCCACUGUCCCUGUGUCCCCUCAGGGCGGUGCCACUGUCCCCAUGUCCCCUUGGGGCAUGAAGAUCAGGGCAGUACCACUGUUCUGUGUCCCCUCCGGACAAGAAAAGUGGUGCCACUGUCCCCAUGUCCCCUCGGGGCACAAAGAGCAGGCGGUGCCACUGUUCCCAUGUCCCCUGGGGCGGUGCCACUGUCCCCGUGUCCCCUCGGGGCCCCGGGCAGGGUGGCAGCUGUGCAGCCUCUCCCCGGUGACUCUGGGCGGAUCUCUCGGGUUGUACUUCAGCGAGGGAACUUCUGAGGGCAGCACAGGCCACACACUGCCUUGAAAGGCAGAAAUUUCGGGGCGGUGCUUCCAUGG